AUGAGUGUUAACAAGCUGAGUGGCGCCCAGCGCCGAAAAUUAACAAAACAAAAACAAGAAAAGGAAUUACUUAUUGCUAAGAAAAUACCACGAAUUGAAAAUUUUUUCGUACAUCACGAAACAACAACGCAAGCAUCGAGUUCUGUUGCAAUUGAACAUUCAGACGAGCAAUUAUCGCAUUCCCAUGUACAAUGUAUUAUCGAAAAUAAAGAAGAGGAGAAACAAGCUGACGAAGUCACGAAUACAGCAGCUUCUGUAGCAAAUCGUGACAAUGAGAUCGUAGUCAUGAACUCUACCGAUUCUGUCUCGGAUUAUAAAGAUUUUUCUGAUCCUGGUCUUUGGCCAAUACGGAAUUCAGAAAUGAUCGAUUUCAUUUUGCGAAAUCCGUCGAAGCAACAAGAUCCGAGAACGAUUACUUUCGCGACUUCGAAACGUAUGUACGGAUCAAAAUCAAAAUAUUGUACAGCGCAAAUGUUUUUUCAAAAAACACCAAAUGGUAAAAUGCAUCGACGAGAAUGGAUGUCAUAUUCCUUCUCAAAAGGUUUCAUAUUUUGCAUACCUUGCAAACUAUUUUCGACAUCAGUAAACGCAUUUACAGAAGGUUUUAACGACUGGAAGAAUGAUGCGCGAAUAGCGGAACACGAAAAAAGUUUUGAUCAGGAAAAUACACGAAAGUUUGUGAUGCGAGAAAACGUCUUGGGAAAGAUUGACAGCAAGUUACAUAUCCAAUACAUGCAAGAAUGUAAUUACUGGCGACAAGUGCUGACUCGCAUUAUAAUCGCGAUAAAGUUUCUUGCAUCUCGUGGCUUGGCCUUUCGAGGAACAGACGAGAAAUUUGGAUCGGUCAGUAAUGGCAAUUAUAUGGGCAUUCUUGAACUGAUGGCUCGAAAUGAUCCGUUUCUCCAAAAUCACAUCGAUCGACUCGGAAAUCCAGGAAAAGGAAACGUAUCUUAUUUUUCCAAAGAUAUUUGCGAAGAAUUUAUUGCGAUGAUUUACGAUGAUCUUCUUAAUAACUUAAUCUCGGAAGUGAAGGCGUCUCAAUAUUAUGCAAUAAGCGUAGAUUCGACACCUGAUAUUUCACAUUCAGAUCAGUUAACAUUUAUUAUCCGGUACGUAUGCGAGAAAGGAGAACCCAUUGAACGUUUCAUGCAGUUUAUACCUAUUGAAAGUCACAGCGCGACAAAUAUAGAGCAAGCGAUCAUGCAAAUAUUGUUGGAUAAAGGUAUUGAUAUUAUGGAUUGUCGUGGACAAUCUUAUGAUAACGCGAGCAAUAUGUCGGGCUGUUACGGUGGAGUACAAGCCAAAAUCAUUGAACGUAAUCCUUUGGCAAUUUACGUCCCGUGCGCGGCGCAUUCACUAAAUUUAGUGGGCCAAGCAGCUGCUGAGUGUUGUUUGGAGGCAACAAAAUUUUUUAUGUUCCUGCAACAUAUAUAUACAUUUCUAAGUGCAUCUACAUCCAGGUGGGCAAAAGUAAAAUCAAAAGUCGAAAAUCAGCCCGAAAUGCUACUUCCAAAAAGUCUGUCUAACACACGAUGGUCAGCUAGAGCAGAAGCGUGUCGAGCACUUGUGAAGUCGUGGGAAAGUUUGCGAGAUGCGCUUGACGAUAUAGUAGAAGAUGCUUCCGAAAAGCCAUCCACAAAAGCCGAAGCCGAGGGAUUGUCGCAAAAUUUUGGAUCGCUCGAGACUGCUAUAAUGGUCGUUAUGUGGAGCGACAUUUUGGAGCGUUUUGAAAAAACAAAUAAAAGUCUGCAACGCGUAAAUAUCGAUUUGACAACAGUCGUACAGCUGUAUGAUGCACUCCAAGCUUAUAUUGUCUGUUUGCGUGAUCGUUUCGAUCAUUACGAAACAAGAGCGAAAGAGAUAUCCCAAUGCAACGAAUACGCGCGUGAAAAUCGGCGACGCAGAAGAAGGACUGUUCAAUUCGACGAGGUUAACGACAAUGAUGCGAUAUUAGAUGGAAAACAAAAUAUGCGUAUAAAUACGUUUCUCGUCAUACUCGAUCGAUUAGCAGGCGAAUUAGAAAAGAGAAGUAUGGCAUACAAAAGAGUUAAUGCUCGCUUUGGCUUUCUCAGUCGUUUGCCGUUACUCACGGAUGCAGAAAUAAUCACUAAGUGUGAAGAGUUACAGGCGACAUACUCCACCGAUCUCGGCAAAGAUUUUGGAGAAGAAUGUUUGCACUUUCGGAAUUUUAUCCGGGAAAUGGAAUUGACGGAAGAUGAUAUCAAUGCUCGAAAAUUUUUAAUGAUUAUUCGUGAGAAGAGUAUUGUCGCGACGUUUCCAAACAUGGAUAUCGUUCUUAGAAUGUAUCUUACUCUUUUUUCGAGUAACGCUACCGGGGAACGUUCAUUUUCCACAUUAAAAAGGAUAAAAAAUUAUCUACGAAAUACGAUGGGUCAGAGCCGUCUCUCUAGUCUCGCCUUUUUAUCUGCGAAUGCAGAACUCAUUGACAUGGCAGAGACUAAUACAAUUAUCGACAAAUUUGCAAGUUUAAAAGCAAGAAAGCGACCAAUUUAG